UGAGCGCACUGAAUUCUGGGAAGAUAAACAUCGUCUCCGCAUCUUAAAAUGUACAGGAUACAGUAGUAUACCCUAGGUAGGAUUCUGGGGGUACUGUUUAUUAUAAGCCUGUAGGAUUUGAAUUUGGGUGACUUCGGACGGCUGUGAUAAAAUGGCAGAUGCAGUGCUGCACCUCAGGGCAAAGAGCUCUCAUUAAUUACCCUUCCACAACACAAGCAUUGUAUUUAUUGUGUUAUUGCAUUCAAAGAUGCACUUUCUGUUGCUGUUCAGUCGGCAGGGGAAGCUGCGACUGCAGAAAUGGUUCACACCAUUAACAGACCGGGAGAAGAAGAAAGUGAUCCGGGACAUGAUGAUGUUAGUGUUAGCCCGUCCACAACGCUUCUGCAACUUCCUCCAGUGGAGGGACCUGAAGAUUGUUUACAAGAGGUACGCCAGUCUGUAUUUCUGUGCUGCUCUGGACAACCAGGAUAACGAGCUGCUGACCCUUGAAGUGCUGCACAGAUAUGUUGAGUUGCUGGAUAAAUACUUUGGCAAUGUGUGUGAGUUGGACAUCAUUUUCAACUUUGAGAAGGCUUACUUCAUCCUGGACGAAUUCCUGAUGGGAGGAGAAAUCUUAGAAACUUCCAAAGCAGCUGUGGGUGUAUGCCUGGAGGAGGCGGACACACUCCAGGAGACCGUGGAGGAAUAUAUGAGUAAACCUGCCUACUGAGCCAAGAGAGGAUGCAAAUAUGUCACAUUUCAAGACUUGAACCAAAAAGUUUGGAAUAUUUGUUCAUGACUAAUAGUGAGUCAUUUGGCACAGUACUGUGAUCAUACAAAUCCACAGUCCUGAUGAUUUGUUCAUGCUUAAAGCUACAGCAUGCAACUUAAGCUAGCAUUAACAUGAAACUCAAAAUCAGUCUGCCACGCACUGCCCAGCUCUUCAGAUAUUUGUAAUUAUGAAGUUACAAGAAAUGAGAAUACAACAAAACUUACUGAUCAAGCAGAAAUAAUUGAUCAUCUUUGAUUGGUUAAAGAGGUUAAUCCUGCUCAAAACCUUUUAGAAACUAAUAUCUCUGCACUGCUGCCAGUGCUGUUCAGUGAGUCUGGGUCACAGGAGGCUUCGACAGUACCUCAUCACAUAAAGACAAGUUCUGGAGCAGAUUUCUACAACAAAAAUAUUUGAAAAAGUAACAUACUGUAGCUUUAAACUUUAAGAAUUCUAAUUGUCAUUGCACCUAUAAGUGCCUUUCAAGCCUCAUAUUUAUCAAUCUCAGGGUUUUAUGACAGGAGGUACGUCCUUUUUUCCAGUUUAUCCUAAUAAUUUUUGAUAUUUAAAGAUCACAGUUAAUGCACGUUUAUGUUUCUGCAGCUGCACAGUGAGUAAAUAAAUAAACACUACACAGUAAGGAAAAAAUAAAGUCAAUGCUUUAUUAACCUCAGUUAUAUCACAUAAGAUCACAUUUAAGUAAGAAUGACCAAAAAACACAAGUGAAUCUAAGGGAUCCAACACUGAUUUUGGUUGUGUGUGCGUUUUAAUAUUAGGCUGGUGAGUCACAUGUACUGGUUGUUAAGUGUUGUUGAGCAACAUAUUAAAAA